ACCAGACAGGAGCUGAAUCUUCACCAGUCUUUGACUCUCUCUCCACCCGCGUAUAUAAAAAUCUCUCCUUUUCUCCUUUCUCUCUCUCUCUCUCUCUACUUUAUAAGCUCGCUGACCUUCCUCUUGUUCUCGAUCCCACCUCAAGUUCCAGCGAUUUCUCAACUGUAAUCUGCUCAUCUCUCCUUCUCUGUCAAUCCGAUUCAAUCGCGCACUCGAAAUCUCGAGACUUUCCCGCAGAUGAGAGAAUGGGCACGCGGCUGCCAAUGUCGGGGGCCACCCUGAAGUACUACCUGUCCGAACACCCCGCCAUCGUCAACUUCCGGUGGAGCCACCACCUCUGGGGCUCCACCUGGUCCUUCCUCGCCGCCGCCGUCCCCGCCUACGUCGCCGCCGCCUCCGUCCUCCACCUCCUCCUCCCUCCUCCUCCCCCGCCCCUGCGGCGCCGCCCCGUCCCCCUCGGGCCCCUCCCCGCCCUCCACAGCCUCGCCGUCGCCGCCGCCUCCGCCGUCGUCUUCGCCGGCAUGCUCCUCUCCGCCUCCGCCGAGAUCCGCGACACCCGGUGGCUGUGGCGGCGCUCCCGCACCACCCCCAUCCAGUGGCUCCUCUGCUUCCCGCUGGGCACCCGCCCCUCGGGCCGCGUCUUCUUCUGGUCCUACGCCUUCUACCUCUCCCGCUUCCUCCACCUCCUCCGCACCUUCCUCACCGUCCUCCGCCGCCGCCGGCUCACCUUCUUCCAGCUCUUCAACCAGUCCAUCCUCCUCUGCAUGUCCUUCCUCUGGCUCGAGUUCUCGCAGUCCUUCCAGGUCCUCGCCAUCCUCUCCACCACCCUCCUCUACGCCGUCGUCUACGGCUACCGGUUCUGGACCGCGAUCGGCCUCCCCGGCGCCCGGUUCCCCUUCGUCGCGAACUGCCAGGUGAUCCUGCUGUGCUACAACCUGCUCUGCCAUUUCGGGGUCCUGCUCUUGCACUUCUGGAAAGGCGGGUGCAACGGGAUCGGGGCCUGGGUGUUCAAUUCGGUGCUCAACGGCGCGAUCCUCUACCUGGUGCUGAAGUUCUACGUCAAGGUGCAGCUGAAGUACCGGAAGGUCGGCGCGGUGGCGGAGGACGAGGACGGGUCGACGGGGGCGGCGGCGGCGGCGGCGGCGCAGCAGGCGGGUUCUUCCGGCUCGGAGACGAAGGUCACCAGGAAGAAAGAUCAUUGAUCUCGGGAUUGUGAUCUCAUUUUUUUUGGGCGCAUCUGGUAACUGCCUUGGUUUUUUUUUCGAUCAGUUUCGUAGGAAUUUUGUUGUUUUGUUUUCUCCGAUUCUUAUUUUGUGCAGAACAAACGGGGAUAAUCCCAAUUUUUUUUUCUCGUUCUUUUUCUCCAUGUAUUUUGUCCAGAGCGAAGCUGUAAAUUAAACGACGUUUGCAUGAUGAAUUGACGAGGAAGAUGAUGUAACAUUUUUUGUAG